AUGUCCCCGCACAGCAACUUGCAGCCCAUCAGGGUCUACGGCAAGGGCGGCCCCAACCCGCCCAAAGUGGAGAUAAUCCUCAACGAGCUGGGCAUUCCACACGAGUUUGACCCCAUCACGAGGAACGAAGUCAAGUCGCCAGCGUACCUCGCGGUCAACCCCAACGGCCGCCUGCCCGCAAUCCACGACCCCAACGGCGACUUGACGCUCUGGGAAUCGGGCGCCAUCCUCGAGUACAUCGUGGGGAAGUACGACAAGGACCAGAAGCUGAGCUUUCCGCCGGGCUCGAACGAGGCCUUCCUCGCCAAGCAGUGGUCCGUUGUUCUUCCAGACCACCGGCCAGGGCCCCUACUACGGCCAGGCAUUCUGGAGAUGAACCGCGUGACGGGCGUGUUGGAGGUGCACCUCACCAAGCAGAAGCAGCUGUACGGCAGCCAGGAUGGGUUCGACGGGCCGUGGCUCGUCGGAAACAAGCUGUCGUACGUAGACUUGGCCUUCGUCCCUUGGCAGAUGGUUGCUGUCCACUGCUUCGGUGGGGAGUCGGGCCGGUACAAGGAGGCCGACUACCCGCUGGUGACGGAGUGGCUGGCUAGAUUGAAGGCUCGCAAAACGGUCACGGACGCCAUGCAGUGGCUCAGUGGGUUGAAGGGAGAUGGGCACUAG